UCAAAACAAUCGUUCGCGGCGGAACCAUCGCGAUGGCCGACUCGGACGACGACGUUGAAAUCAUUACGCCGACGAAGCGCUUGAAGCGCUCAUAUAUCGACGACGAAGACAACGAAGAGCAGAAUGUGGUGGCCUUGUCCCAGCAAACCGACGAAGAAAUCGUGAUGACGUCGAAGAACAAGCAACAGAAGCGCACGGUUGUGCUGGACGACACCGACGAAGAUGAGACCAAGGAACCUGAUGAUGCAAUGGCAAAUUUUCGAGCGUCCACACCUCGACGGGAGAACGGUGCACCUUCUGCUCGCUCUACCCCGAAUCGGCGGCACAGCAUGCCUGCACUCAAUACGCCAAGGAGCAGCACCAACCGCCGUGCGUCCCGCCGUCUCUCGGACCGCGGAGCUCAGAAAGAGAUCGAACAUAUCGAACUCAAACAGAAACUCAAGCGAAAGAGCCUUGAAACGUGCCUCCCACCAAGAAAACCCGCGUCGGAGGACGAAUUCGUCGGCGAAUCGGACGACUCGGACGCGUUUGUUGUAGACGACGACGUGGUCGAGUACAUGGAAGAGGACGAGAAGCCCGUUCUGGCCGUGGACGACGACGGCGAGGACGACGACAUCGAGAUGGCCAUGAGGGGCUCGAAGGAUCCCAUGGAUUGGUUCUGCAUCUACCUCACGUACAUUGAAGAGUGCUUGUUGAAUUCGACGUUUGAGACCGAUCCAGCGAUUCCAGCAGUCUUCAAGCACUCGAUCGAGCAUGUGGAACGGGGGCUACUCCAACGCCGCGACAGCUUGCGCGGGAAUGUGCACUGGCCGUCCGAUCUCGUUGAAAGCAUCGAUACCAUGCCGCAGGCCGUCGAGGGCGAAGGCGACGGCGAUCGCGACUGCUAUGCGUGCAAUCGCAGCGGCCACCCGGCACAUUAUGCAAUCAUCUUUACGGGCGUGGCUUGCAAUGCGACCGACAUGUAUCGACGGGGAUGGCGGCAACACUUGAUGGCUUGCCUCGAGGCCGACAACAGGACCCGCGUCGAAUAUGACCUCGGCAGUCUCUGCUUCCAGCGAGUGCUGCUGUACUGGAGCCUGCACCAAGCCAAGCGGCAGUGGUGCAAUAUCGUGUGGCGCAAGAUCGUCGAGAGUGGCAAUGGCCCGAUCCCGUCCGACGUCCGCGAGAAGCUGCACAAGGUCGAAUACGGCCGAUACAAGAAGCUCCUGGGCAUGGUAGACGGCAUGGAGUUGAAGGAGAGCCAUGUGUCGCGGAUUGGGAAUGUGUGGGCGAAUGUGCGCCAGAUCACGAUCGAGUCGAUGGCGGACCCGCAUGAUGAGGGCGGCCGACGCCGUGGGGACGUCGCGGCCCUUGUCAACGACGAAAACCUGGUCGGUGAAUCGUCAGAGGAUGACGACGAAGAUCGUCUCGUGGACGAAGAGGAAAACGUCGACGAGCCGGCGAGGCGGCAGUCGCCACCGAAACCUGCACCUCAGAAAGAAAGGACGCAAGAGACUGCUGCUGGUACAUCUCCCCAGGACGCCAACCGAUGUCUUGUCUGCAACGCGCGCCCUCGCACCGGCGGGGUACUCCAUGGGUACUACGUGCACAUUUACUGCUGCUUUGAGUGCGCCAAGUCGCUCAAAGAGAAGAAGAAGCCGUGUGCUGUUUGUUCGCGGCCCAUGGAGCGCGUCAUUCAUCUCCUGCAGCUCAACGAUGAAGAAGAAGUGCGCAUUCGAGCGACCCAUGCAUCGUCGUGUCGUUGACAGCUCAACGUAAGACCCUCGGCAAAACGCUUGGCCUUCUCGUUCAUGAGGCACGGGCGCUACAUGCACUGCAACGUUAGGUCUCAACAUGAAUUCGAAUGUCCUUUGUGGAAUGGACCAGUCCACAUCACAAG